AUGGGUUCUCAGAUUUAUAGAUUUGAGGAGGAUUCUUCGAGUAAUUUCCCGAGAAGUGCAGGAUUCUACGAGUACUUUCUCGGUGUUCUCGUUCUCUUUAAAGGAUGUCGUCUUGAAGCUGCUCCGAGCGACCCUGACCUGAGCUCCCCGAGCAAGCAGGCUCAUCUCCUCCGCGCGAAGAUCUCAUCCGCACCACCUUUGCCACACGAGCACCACCUCCUCCGCACGAGCACCUACACUGCAGAACCACCUCCUUCGCGCGACCAUCUCCACUGCAGAACCACCUCCUUCGCACGACCACCUCCACUGCACAACAAGCUCCGCGCGACCACCUCCACUGCAGAACCAGCUCUUCUGCGCGACCAACUCUGCGCGAGCACCUCCAGUGCACAACCACCUCUUUUGCGCGACGACGUAAACUGCACAACGAGCUCCUCUGCGCGACCACGUCCUGGAAAGGGAAUUCCGCCGCCCCCAUUUAUCUCGAAUCUUAACCCUUCGAGAGGGUUACAUUCUGCAAGUUCAACCCAUGUUGAUGAAACCCAAGAUCCCACACUUGAGUCUACUGGAAAAAGUAUGGAUACUGUUGAUGGGAGGAGUGAUGAACAGUCUGGGGCACAUGAUAUGCUGCCCCAGACUGAGGGGGCCGAUAUUGUUGAGGAGUCGAAAUUGGGGAUGGUGUUUAAAUCUGAAGAGGACUUACUGUCUUAUUAUAAAAGAUAUGGGCAACAAUGCGGUUUUGGGAUAAUGACUCAGAGGAGCCAUAGGUUUGAGGAUGAGAGCCUUAGAUAUGUCACAUUGGGUUGUGCUCGGGGUGGGAAGGCACGUAACCGUACGUCAAAUGUUGUCAGACCACGUCCGACAUCAAAGACAGACUGUAAGGCAAGAAUAAAUGUGACGUCAGAAAGAGGUGUGUUCAAGGUGAACAGUGUAGAUAAUUCCCAUAAUCACGGAUUAAGUCCAAAAAAGUCGAGAUUUUUUCACUGCAAUAGAGAAGUGAGCGAGUCCGUUAAGAGAGUAUUAGAUAUAAAUGAUCAAACUGGGAUAAGAAUGAACAAGAGUUUUGCAUCUCUUGUGCAAGAAGCGGGUAGGUUUGAGAACUUGCCAUUCAAUGAAAAGGACUGUCGGAAUUAUAUUGACAAGGCACGCCACCUUCGACUUGGGAAAGGUGGUGCUGGAGCCAUCCGUGAGUAUUUUGCGCGGAUGCAGUACAAAAAUGACGGGUUCUUUUCUCUAAUGGAUAUGGAUGAUGACGGACGGUUGAGGAAUGUAUUUUGGGCGGAUGCACGAAGUAGGGCAGCCUACAAAUAUUUUGGUGAUGUUGUGACCUUCGACACCACCUAUUUGACAAACAGAUAUGGGAUGCCGUUUGCACCGUUUGUUGGUGUAAACCACCAUGGCCAAUCGAUUUUGUUGGGCGCAGGAUUAAUUUCUAGUGAGGAUACCGAAACGUUUACAUGGUUAUUUCAGACUUGGUGUAAUUGUAUGGACGGUGAAGCUCCCAAGGCUAUUAUCACGGACCAAGAUAGAGCCAUGAAAAAUGCAAUAAGCCUUGUCUUUCCAAAUAGUCGACACAGAUUCUGCCUAUGGCACAUUUUGAAGAAGUUGCCUGAGAAGCUAGGUUCACAUGGUGCAUUCAAAACUGGAUUGAAAACUGGGUUGCUAAAUUGUGUGUAUGACUCUCACACAGUUGAGGAGUUUGAGGGGUCUUGGGAAGUGUUAAUUCAGAAGUACAAAUUGGAGGAUAAUGCUUGGUUGAAGAGUUUAUACGCUGAGCGUACAUAUUGGGCACCGGUAUUCAUGAAAGAUGUUUUCUGGACGGGAAUGAGUACAACCCAACGAAGCGAGAGUAUGAAUGCUUUUUUCGACGAGUAUGUUCAUGCUAAGACAAACUUAAAAGAGUUUGUCGAUCAGUUCGAUAAUGCAUUGAGGAAGAAGAUUGAGAAUGAAAGUGCGGCGGACUUCCAGUCAUUCAAUGUUACAAUUCCCGUCGUCUCUCCCUCUCCACUUGAGAAGACUUUUCAAGACAUAUACACUUGCAAUAAAUUUAGAGAAGUUCAGAAAGAAGUAAUAGGGAUGUUUGCAACUCUUCCAACUCUACACCGGAAGGAUGGUGUAAUUGCAACAUACAAUGUAGAAGAUGAAGUGAAUGUUGAUGAUUUCAUCAAGGAGGUUACCCACACGGUCUACUUUAAUGAGGCUGAAUGUGAGGUGAAGUGUUCAUGUGCGUUGUUUGAGAUGAGAGGGGUCUUGUGUAGGCAUGUAUUGGGCAUUAUAAGAGUUAACAAAGUUCGAUCGGUGCCAGAAAAAUACAUACUAGAUCGAUGGCGGAAAGACAUAAAGAGAACUUACACUCUUAUACGAAGUAGUUAUGAUGGUGUUGAUGAGAGACCUGAAGUUAGUAGAUAUUCUCGUAUCAUGAAGAAAUGCAACGAAGUAGCCACAAAUGCAUCUUCAUGUGAUGAGCACACGGAGGACAUGCUAGCUAAGUUAGAUGCAAUGAACUUAGGCUACUGCACGAACAAGCCUACAUCACAUGUGAAUGUUACAACUGCCGUGGAAACUACAACUGCCACUUCUAAAUAUGUACUGAGUCACCAUGUAGUGAGAGGAAAAGGCAGACUGCCAUCUCUCAGAAAGAAAUCCAUGAUUGAACAUUUGAAACCCACGACAAAGAAGGCUACUCAGAAAGGAAAACGUAAACAGCCGCAUGGAAUAGAAGGCGAAAUUGUGGGAACUAGAAGGAAUUUGUUUGGUUCCACCGAUGUUGGGACACAACAAAGUCCUUCUCAGAACGCUACCGAAGUGUUGAACUUUAGUGCCACUGAGUUAGACUUUGCGGUAAAUGAGACUCAAGAAAGUAUGCAACUUCGAUUGGAUGGAACCCAGCCGAAUAGCAUGCCUGGGACACAACCGUGGCAAUAG